AUGGAAAGCGAAUUAUCUCCUGAUAAGCUGCCCAAGAGCGUCAAGGUUCGCUCAACGUGCAAUGCGUGUCAACAAGCAAAGAUCCGUUGCAGCCAUGAAAGACCUUCCUGUAAACGAUGUCAGAAACAUAACAUAGACUGUGUUUACAGCAUAUCGAGGCGUUUGGGGAGGCCGGCUAAAAAGAGAGACCCGAAUCUUGAUCCCUCUAUGGGUCAGGCAGGGAGUGAUGGGCCAUCGAAUAAAAGGUUACGCGGCCAGAAAAAGAAGAAGGCUAAAGAAGAACCCCUUGCAGACUUCGAUACUAGCGAACAGUCUGUCGAUGGUGAGAGCAAACCUCUAUUCGACAGCCUUACUUUCGACCAUGGACACAUUGACGACGUAUCGAAUGGAGAUGCCAGCUUGCGCACCCCAACUUUCAUGGACAUCGUCACGGCCGCACCCUUUUCAAUGUCCAGCGAUAUCGAUAUGGCCUCCGAUAGUUGGCUGCACGAGUUCAUGUCGAAUCCGUUCACCGACCCUACUCAAGGUUGCUCGUUUGUCGAUCCGUUCGAGAACAAUAUUGGCAUUGACGACACGACAACGAGAACAUCGACGGAUCAGGAUAGCCUGCCAGUUCAAUCGGAACGGCUUUCAGACUCAACACCAGACGCACUCGAUUUAGCCUCACCUUCAAGCUACCACCCCGCUUUCAAUGGCUGCUUAACUCACAGCGAGUCCGUGGCUAAUGCUUCUCAGAGCUGUCCUCAAGGCAACUCUGUUUACCCUGAAAAUCCUAAGCACGAGACUUCUCUUUGGUCACAGCAACUUCCCUCUCUAAGUGGGCCGGAGCCAUCAAGUUUCUUUCCUCAGGUCAACCCUUCGAAACGAGCACAUGACUACAGUUUCUCCGAUGAAGGAUUAGUGACAAAUGCCAGCAGCAUUUCGAGCAUCUGCCCGUGUCAAAGCCAUGAUCAUACCGUUCGGGACCUGAUCAGAGUAAACGCCUGCGCUUUGCAGACGGGCCCUACGAUUGCUAUCGACUCAAUCCUAACAUGUCAAAAGGUACUGCAGCAGUUGACUGAAACAAUACUUCAAUGCCGAGGAUGCUCUCAGACAAGGAUGAACUUCCUCAUGGUGAUAAUGUUCAGUAUUGAUAACCUGCUUGUCGCCCUUGACACAAUCACGUCAGCCGAGAACGAUGUGGUAGAAAGGCUGUUUCCCGAGUACUUCGGGACGCUAUCUCAGGGCUACAGAGCUGACACUGGGGUCACAAACCACAAUCGACGAUUCAACGUGAGUAGUGUGCCACUUAGGGCGCAGCUCGACGCGUGCCCGUUAAUAAUUGGUGGUUUCUGUGUGCCGUCUGAGGAGAAGUUUGCAUUCGUGAAGCGAAUUUUGCAUCGUCGCUUGGCAUGCUUGCAACGGACAGUCCAUCGAAUCCAAGUCUACACGCAGGAAUAUCUGGCACCGUCGGCAGGUAAAGUGACGAUGAUGAAAGAAAUCUAUCAAAGGCUGCGGUUGAUUAUGAGUUCAACAAUGCCGACAUACCCCAGUCCCAACACAUCGAAGCCUGGCAAUACCUAUUUGUCAAAGGAAGUAUCCGACCGCAUAAUUUAUCAGCUUAUUCUUGCCUCGAUGGAAUCUGAUACCGGAUGUCAAUGUUCGAUUGGAGCUUUGCAUAUCAUGAACGAGCUUCAGGGCGUGCACGCAGUGGUGGAAUUGGAAACAAUCCUAAGCUUAGUCGAUCGUAUACAUGGCCUAGGCCAAGCGAUGCUAAGAUGUAGGGAUUGUAGAGCCAACCCAGGUCCCUCUCUCAUGACUCUUCCAGCCCUUACCGACCAGUCUCUUGCUCUCUUUGAAGCAGCAUGUCUGACCUACAACGUCACCCGAAAGGACGUUUUAUUCGACUCGUCAUUGCCGGUAUGCAUACCAAGCAAGUCGCAACUGGGUCAGAUGGAGCUGGAAGACGAAGAGACUGGAGUUCUAGUGCGCAUGUUGCUUGGCAAGUGGUCGAUGAAGCUGUUGGAGCUGCUGAAGGGGCUGCGGUCACUAUCUAAGGAUAUUGGUCAGUUGCACAGAGCUGGUGUUGGGACAUCAAGAGCAUGUGAGCCAUCCGUCGAGCCUGCGAUCCGUCGUCUUGUAUUGUUUAUGGAGCAAAUCGAAGGAGAUUCAGCUAAGUGCAAUAUCGGGUCAGCGGGGCCAGGGACGUUCGAAGUAACCCGUCCAUUGACCCCAACCGAGAACUUUGCCAAUCAGGGCCCUUUUGACUUGACUUUUAGUCACUUUAUCGGGGCGAUCAAAGUGGAGAGGCUCAUCUACAGCCCCGAUGUAGGGUGUCCCUUUCAUGGUCGGGACAAAUCCCCACCCCGCCAGGGUGAAACGCCCGGCACAGUUCAUGUCCUGCUCAAUAUCAUCGUGGUAGGCCUUGGUGGUUGUAGGUGGAAUACCAAAAAAGAGUCCGUGAGUAAUAAUAGAGAAAGGCAUAGGCGCGUCAACGUCUUCGCAAGUCAGAACGUAUUGUUUGAUGUUGAGAUCGGAGGGCGCCCUCCAAUGCAACUCUGGCACUUUUCCACCACUACCUUCAGCAAGACAGGUGUGAUCUGGGAGCAGCGGUGA